CUCUGAUCAUCCCAGAGAGAUGGACUGGGGGGAAACUCUCGCAGAGCCUGUCAGCUGCUAUGAUGGAGCAAUGACAGCGAGGCUUGCUGGCCGAAGCUUUGGGGCGAUCUCUAACGUGAUCACAGGCAGGUUAUAGCUUUGAAAUAAAGAUAACCUAGGGAAUCAGCCAACAGGACGCCUGGAGUAGCAAUAACGUCUCGGAACUAUAGCUGCAACUGGCUUAGCGCUAGCUACACAGCGAACUACAGCCCGCGCGCUUAUCGUGCCUCGAUUUAAGAUCUUGGUUUGCAGUUGCAGAGCGGAACACCCAAACCACCACCAUGGACUUUUCUCAUGUUGUUGUCGGCGGCGGAGUUGUAGGUCUAGCUGUCGCUUCUCGUCUAGCUCGUGCUGCUGCCUCCAAUAGUGUCCUCUUGAUUGAGCGCAAUAGGCAGGUUGGUCAAGAAACUUCGUCGCGUAAUAGCGAGGUCAUCCAUGCUGGACUCUACUACCCGCUCAAUUCGCUCAAAACAGAACUCUGUAUCAAGGGUAAAUCUAUUCUCUACGAGCUCUUUGACAAGCAAGGCAUAGACUACAAGCGUUGCGGCAAGUGGAUUGUUGCACAAAAUGCCGAUCAAGCUGCAUACCUAGAUACCUUGCGGAACAAAGCGGACCAAUUGGGCGUGCCGACGCGUACCUUGAGUGCAAAGCAGGCUCAAGUCAUUGAGCCGCAUGUGCGUGCUGAUGAAUGUGUCUUGGAAUCUACCUCGACAGGUAUCAUGGACUCGCAUGGUCUUAUGACUUAUCUGCUGGGUCAGUUCGAGAAUGCUGGCGGUGACGUGUCUCUUGCGACAAAAGUAGAUCGGAUUGAUGCGAUAGCAGGAGGCUACAAGUUGAGUACGACAAGUGCUGGUGAAGCUUUCGACAUCAAGUCUGAGUCUGUUAUCAAUUGCGCUGGGCUAUACGCAGUAGACAUUGCCAAUAUGAUCCUGAAGGAGCAACUCAAGGCCUAUUACGCGAAAGGGCAGUACUAUGCAUACGCUGGUGGACCAGUUCCGAAACACCUCAUCUAUCCAUGCCCCGAGAAGCAUCUCGCAGGUCUCGGGACGCAUCUGACAUUUGAUCUAGCCGGCCAAAUCAGAUUCGGUCCCGAUAUCGAGUGGGUGGACAGUCCAGCCGAUUUGUCCGCCUCAGAUGCAAGGCUUGAUGAGGUUUAUAAGGCCGUCCAGCAAUUCUUCCCGUCGCUCGAGCGCAGUCGCUUGACGGCAGAUUAUUGUGGCAUUCGGCCAAAGAUGGCACCCAAGGGUAGCGCAGCAACGGACUUUGAGAUCCGUCACGAGCCGAACCAUCCAGGCUUUGUCAACUUGCUCGGUAUCGAGAGUCCAGGUCUGACGAGUUGUCUUGCCAUUGCUGAGCAUGUUGAAGGCUUAUUGAAGUGAGUGCCGCAAUG